CCACCCCGCUCUCGUUCAACGAAUGUUGACGAUGGAUGUUUUUACAGGUCAGCGUGAACAAUCACGGGAACCUGAGAAGCGGCGAUCCGUCACUCCGUAACUCGACGAGCCGGAAUGCUCCUACGACGUCCUCCGGACUGAGCUUCCUGGUACGUGAGUCAGGAUCACCGGAACUGCCGGGCGGCCCGGUGGCCUCGUGGCGAGGAUGAGUGCCAAGAUAUCGACGGUCAGCCGCGACAGCGCGGCACAGUCAACGACGAGCCAUCGCGCCGCGAGAUCGUCGCCCGUCAAGAGAUCGCUGUCGCCGGAGGCCAGUGGCACAGAGAGAUCGCCGAAGCGUGCAGCCGUUUUGGAGCUGAAAUCGUCCUCGAACGGAACUUCUGGCCGAUCGUCAUCUGAAGAAGUCAGUGAGAUGCCGAUUCUAACGAGAGUUUGCUCUCCUGCAACAUUACCGAGGUUAAAGAGAUUCCGAUUUCGACCCAUUGAUGCGCCGACCGCAGGACCGUGCCACGACGUAAGCACUAUCGACGUGAACUCCAACAAUCACCACCAUCACCAUCAUCACUGCGGACACAAUCAGCACGACCAUCGGCCUCAAGACCGAAUUCCAUCGUCCUCCUCGAUGUCUACCUUGCUAUGCUGCGAGCCAGUAUCGGCUGGCCGGCCUCGGGCCAAUCUAAAGCUCGUGCUGAACCGCAGCCUGAGCGAGCCAGGACCGAGUCCGUGCGCCUUCCCAGCACCAACGACCGCUUCGUCGAUCAUUAAUAACAACAACAGCAACAACAAUCCCAUCGAACCGCCUUCAAUCGUGAUCAACGAGGAGGUGAACGGCGACGAAGACGACGACGUCCAUCGUCGUGGCUUCCAUCAUCUCCAUUACCAUCACCAUCAUCAUCACCACCAUUUUCACCAUCAUCAGCACCUAUCGGUGACUACGAAGCGCUGCAAACUGGAGACUGCCAGCCUGCCUACCAGCCCCUGCUCCGAGAACGGCCUUCAUCGCCAAUUAGUGCUAAGCAAGACUCGCGUCAUCACCGCAGACGACCUUGCCCAACGUCUUGUGCAUCUUGAGCGACCCUCCGCCGUUCCGCCAGUGAUUCUGGAUUGCAGACCGUUUACAUUAUACAAUGUCAAUCACGUACGCGGUGCCAUCAACGUCACUUGUUCGGAUCGCUUCAACCGACGCAGACUUCAGCUGGGAAAGGCCACCCUCGCCGAUCUCGCAUCCGCUCGCGAGGGCAAAGAGCUGCUCAGAAAAAGACAGUUCAAGGAAGUCAUAGUGUACGACGAAGGUACCGACGAUCUGGAACAUCUGACCGCUCAGAAUCCACUAUUUCUGGUACUCGCUGCACUCGUGGACGACGAUCGGGAGCCGGCUGUGCUGAUCGGUGGACACCGGGAGUUCCACAGGCGGCAUCGAGAGCUAUGCGAGGAUACGCUUCUGCCAAACGGCGCUGCCGCCGCUGCCGCUGCCGCCGCCGUCGCUGCAGAUCCGUCGACGACGGCCGAUCUGCAGCUAUUGCGCGCCCUCGGCGCCACCCGGGUGUUGAACGUCACCUCACAGUUGCCCGGCUACCACGAGGAGCGGGGUAUCACGUACAGGCAGAUACCCGCCUCGGACUCCGGCCAUCAGAACCUCAAGCAGUACUUCGAGGAAGCGUUCGAAUUCAUCGAGGAAGCGCGGAAAGCCGGAAGCAGCGUAUUGGUGCACUGUCAAGCUGGUGUGUCGCGCAGCGCAACAAUUGCGAUUGCUUACAUAAUGCGACACAAAGGCCUGUCGAUGGUGGAGGCGUACAAACUGGUGAAGAACGCGCGUCCGAUCAUCAGUCCGAACCUGAACUUCAUGGGUCAGCUGUUGGAGCUCGAGCAGGGUCUGCGGGCGUCCGGUGACGUCGCCAACUCUGCGCCAGAGGAGCCCACGACGACGACGGCAACGUCAACGACGACAACGACGUCGACAACGGCGACGACGACGACGAGUAGUUGUCACCAGUGUAGGUGGAGUCAUCAGCCUAACAGCGAGGAGGUGGUCACCUCUGGCUGCAGUGUCUGAGACCACGCUCUUCUCUCGUAUCUUCUUCUUCUGGUCUCUCUUAAGAGUACCGGAUCGUCGGCGACGGCGUCGGUGCGUCGCGAAGACGCAAACAUAUCCCGAGAGAGCGAAUGUCGAUAUCCUUCCUGCGUUUCUUCGCGACAAACCUGGACGAUGAACGAAUGCAGUUCGCGGGAUCGCCGAUCGCCUGAAGAUACUGGAUUCAACUAUAGGAAGAUUCUGCAAAUAUGAACAAUGUGAUGCCCUCGGCAUCUUUUCUUGAUAUCCCGAAACGCGGAAUUGUCAGUUUUCCCAAUCUUCGCACAAUAUUUGAGUUGUCACGUUUUUUCAACUCAGGCUCUUUAGCCUAGAAAUUAUUGGCUCUUAAGUUUUUUUUUUUUUUUUAGAAUUAGUACAUUUUUUCCCGAAUUCCGUGUCUUCGGGACGACCAUUCAAUUAAAAAUGGUGAAGUCAAACUGCCGAACUGACAAAUCGUGACUUAUUAAGGGACUCGAAGGGAUAUAAAUGUGUGAAGAAAAUACAUCGUAUUUUUAUGAAAAUUUUGAUUUCUCUCUGUGGAUAAUUAAAUUAUUAUUUCCUAUUAGUGCCAAUGCAAAUUAGUCCGUAUGCUCCAUAUGCAAGAAUAAAUCAGUUUGUAAACGUUAUGAAUGCGAUGUGCCUUCUUCAUACAUAGUACAUCUAAGAAAAAAAGAUAGUUACGGGUUAGAUUCUCUACUGCGGAGAGACAAAAUAUAUGGCAGGGAGCGUAUUUCACAUAAAAAGAAUUUAACCACGCUCGCUUCCAGCUUCGAUAACGAGCAACAGCGCGUCGCGAUUAUUUAUUUUCGAACGACGUUCGCGCGAACAGUGAACAUAACUUGUACUUACGACACACGGUGUUCCAUAAUACGCCUGGUCGAGUCAAUAGGGAGGCAAGUAAAACGUACAGAAUGUUCGCCUACGAGCUUCUCAUUAAACGAUUGACUAUCGUCUAGCAAUGUUUAUGCAAGAAAAUGCAAGGAAGCAAGAUACGAAAUCGACGGAAGUGACUGUUCCAAUGAUUAAUUAUAGGCAGCUUAUAUAACAUUGAAAGAAACUCAGGACAAAACGUUGAAAAUUUGUUUCUAAUGUUGAUCAUUAGAAAUUUCUGAGUUUCUAUUAGAAAAAUAUUAAACGUACAUAAUUAUUCAUGAAUAAUAGUACUACUCUCUUACGAAAUUUUUAAACUUCGAAGAUGUAACUUUUGUAUAUUAAUGUGAAGAGACAGAUUAAGCCAGCGUAGCACGCACAAAAAGCAAAUGAAUCAAAAUUGAUAAAACCAAUGUUCUUUAAUCUUCCUACUUCCUAGGCAUAAUACUUUUUCAAUGAUCAACUAGUAAAACGCGCGCUUGCCUUUCAAUUGACUCCUGCAAAUCAGGCAUGAAUUUUUAGUAGAAGAAUUAUUUUCCGUAUGGAGAAGAUAAAAUCGUCGACAUGUACGGGGUGUCACGAGGAUAAUAUCGCAAGAUUCUAGUCUCUUGACUAACAAUAAUGCUUUUGCAGUGAUAGAGUCUCAGGUAAUUCUACUUCCGAUAUAAUGUAGUUUCUGUUAAGUGACGUUAAUGAGAACGGUAACAAUUCAAUUAAUUUUCACCGGAUUGAUGAACGUGGAAUCGAUAAACGUUAAACGUGAUAGAUACACGUUCGAAGGAAUUUGGUUUAGAGACCUAUUCCGAUGCAAAAACAAUAUUCCAAGAGAAAUAUAUUUUUAUAAUAUUAUAGCUGUGUUUUCAGCUGGCAUUUUAUUUUGUGUGGACAAAUAAAGGAUUAUUUUGUAUUAUUUUCAAAAAUUUUUAUUUAGACUGGAAUAUGUUAUUUAAUAAAAUACAAAACGUAUGCGAUUAUGGCGAAGAAAGUAGAAUUUUUUUCCGAGUACACGCAAUUCUACUACUAAUACAAUAUUGCUCAUAAGUAUUUGUCCAUUUACUAAACUUGUUAAUUAUAGUAUCACUAUGCAAUAUUAUAGAAAUAUUGUAGAGAUGGAAUUAAAAAAUCCCAACAAAACAGCAACAUUGUAAUCUAUCCAAGAAAUAUUUCAUUAAUUUUUCUAUACUGUAUGGAUAUUUUCCCCAAGAUUAAAGAUGAUGAUUUUUACCUUAAAAAUCUUU